UCUCUUUCCACUCAAAAGUAAUACACACGCCGGUUGCGACAUUUUGUAAACAAAGCAUUCAGCUGACGAUGAUCAGUCGCUGGAGUUUGACACAACGUGUUUGUGACGUUUCUUUAAAGGUGUUUGAAUUUAUUAGGUUUUAUCGUUUUCAAAUAAAAAGCACAUGAGGCUCAGUAGAUGGUCUGGAAUUUGCAGACCAAAUGUCCUGUUUAAUGAGAAGUUGAUCAUUUCUAGUCUUCACAACAUCAGUAAAAGGUUCAUGAUGGAUAACCCAAAUCAAGAUGAUUCACCACAUGCCACAGUACAGGCUACACAAUUUCAACAGGUGUCUGAAGGAAAGGCCACAAUUGUGCAGCCGGAGUCGGUCUUCUACAACCCUGUGCAACAAUUCAACAGGGAUAUCACUAUUGCAUUUAUAUCAGAGUUUGCAAAAGACCACCUGGAGCAUGUUAAAGAACAAAGACUGAAGAAAAAUGAACUUGAUACUGUAACAGAUGAUAUGGCAGAACUAGUUGUGGGUAAAAGCCACCCCAAUGGCUUGCGGAUACUGGAGGGACUAGGGGCCUCGGGAUUGAGAUCUGUCAGGUUUGGACUGGAAAUUCCUGGAGUGAAGAAAAUUGUGUGCAAUGACUUUGACAAACAAGCUGCAGAAGUGAUACAGAGAAACAUUGAUAGAAAUAAUCUGCAGCACCUUGUGGAAGCAAGUUGUGCUGAUGCCUCGAUGUUGAUGUAUCAGAACAAGAGAUUUGAGGACAGGUUCGAUGUUGUAGACCUAGAUCCUUACGGUACUGCUGUGCCUUUUUUCGAUGCCGCUGUUCAAGCGGUUCGCGAUGGUGGCCUGCUGUGUGUUACGUGCACCGACGCCGCCGUGCUGUGUGGAGCCAAUGUGCCAGAGAAAUGCUUCACCAUGUACGGAUCCAUGCCAGUCAAGAGCAGGUUCUGUCACGAAAUGGCACUGAGAGUAAUCUUGAGAUGCCUGGAGGCGCACGCCUCUAAGUAUUCCAGGUACAUCGUACCACUGGCAUCCCUUAGCGUAGACUUUUACUUCAGAAUAUUUGUUAAAGUCUAUACUGGCCAGCUGAAAGCCAAAUUCUCAGCCGCACAUACUGGUAUGGUCUACCACUGCCCAGGUUGUGGGUCCUUCAUAACACAGCCUCUUAGUGAAGUCUCAGCCACAAAGGGUGACAACUAUAGAUUCUCAGCAGCGAAAGGACCAAAAGUAUCAGAAGUGUGCGUGCACUGUGGAUCUCACCAUCGCAUAGGUGGGCCGAUGUAUCUGGGACCUCUACAUGAUCGUGGCUACAUGGAGAGGGUGAUAGGCCAUGUGUUGUCAGAGCCAGGUAAGUUCGGGACGGCUAAGAGGAUCGAGGGGAUGCUGUCCAUGGCAGGGGAGGAGCUUGAUACCCCGCUGUACUGGGAGAUAGACGGCCUCUACCAGACUGUUCACUGCGAGCCUAUGAAACUGGUCACCAUCAUGUCGGCUGUGCUCAAUGCAGGUUACCAAGUGUCCUAUUCCCAUGCCUGCAAAAACUCCCUGAAAACAGAUGCACCAAACUCUGUGAUUUGGGACAUCAUCCGUGCUCACGUCAAAAACAGUGAUAUCAAGACCAAGAGGAAUGUACCAGGCACCCCUGGCUACAAGAUCCUAAGUGUGCCCCCAUCCCUGGAGGUGAACUUUGACACCCACCCAGACGCUGUACCGAAGUCUUGUGCCCAAAACCUGCUGCGCUUCCAGCCCAACCCCCAGGAGAACUGGGGCCCCAAGCCCCGUGCCAAGCGUCAGGGAGACGACGAUGCCAUGGUCAACAGACGCUUGCAGAAUCAAGGGAAGAAAAAACGAAAAUUGACUGACGGUAACGAAGACUCGUCUAACAAUAAGGACUGUAACAAUGAUGGCAGCAAAAUUGAGUAGCUGGAUAUGUUUUGUUCUAUAAUCUUUGGCGUAAGAAAUGAAUAAAUAUCAAAGUUCCAGAA